GUGGAAUACAUUAAAAUGAUGCUUCCGUUUGCUCUGCCCCAGGGAAGCUGUAAAACACCAUGCAAGUCAAGCCGCAUCUUCUCUGGUUUGGCCAUAGGGCUUACGGGUUUUUCUCAAGCAUCAGGAAUGUCUUCUGACCCCACUUCACCCACCUUGGAGCAGUCCUCCUCCUCUGUGCACUCACCCAGUUCUCUUCAUUUGCCUGAAAAUCGCAGGACAAGAGAUCGCUCCCCGUCUCCCAUGAGAGGGUACCUCAUUCCCAGUCCGCUGCCCACCCGGCGGACCAGGACAUUUUCUGCAACUGUGAGAGCAUCGGAGGGUCCCAUCUACAAAGGUGUCUGCAAAUGCUUCUGUCGCUCCAAAGGCCAUGGCUUCAUUUCCCCCGCAGAUGGAGGACCCGACAUCUUCGUACACAUUUCUGACAUCGAAGGCGAGUACGUUCCCGUGGCAGGCGACGAGGUCACCUACAAGGUGUGCACCAUUCCUCCGAAGAACGAGAAGCUUCAGGCCGUGGAGGUCGUGAUUACCCACCUAGCCCCAGGAACCAAGCACGAGACCUGGUCGGGGCAUGUCAUCAGCUCCUGAAGGCGUCCCAGAGGCAGCGCCGCUGCUGCGGACACUGCCUGUGUGGGUCACUGCUCGACGACUGGCUGCAGGGAACCUGACCUAAGAAUAGUCUAGGUACUGUGCGGGAGGAAAUACUGCAUUGUCAACAGCAGCAGAAGUAGGCCAAAAUUACCAUAUUUACGGCAGGUCUGAUUUUAAAAAGGAAAAAAAAAAAAAGGCAAUCCAGAUGCUAAUGAAAUGAAAAAUAUAUAUAUAAAUGUGUUCACAAAAAUGUAUUUUAAAGAGAUUUAGUUUAUGUGCUUUGAGGGGGGUGGAUUUAUUUUUUCCUUUACCUUGUGAACCAAUUCUAGUGAAUCCCCAGGGGAGUCAGGGAGAGGUUUGAAGGAGAGCUCUUGCAGCACACAGCUGUAGCAGAGGUGCAGGUCCAAGGCCCCAUGGGUGCGUGAGCAUCGUGAACCCUUGAGCUGCUCUUCUGCAAGUGUUAGAGCAUGCUUACUGUUGCAGCAGAGCUUGAAUGCCUUGGCUUUAGACUGAGCAAGCUGUUUCUUGCUGUGAGUUGUUUUCCUCGUGGAGGGAAGCUCACAAACAGAGCAGCUGCUGCAUGGUGGAGAAUCUCCAUCUGGUGGUUAUGUGCUGUUGGCCAUGGCUGGGUGCCCUUCAGAUGCAGUGUCUGCAAAUGACCUGUCUUCAUAGGUGUGGAAUUUUGUGUUGUUUUUUUAAAAAGCCUGGAAUGUUUGUGAAUUUACUUUGGUGCCUUGAUGGUUGAUUAACAACAGAUUUUUUUAGGCCAGUAUUAAAAAAAAAAAAAAUAUAUAAAAAAAAUUGCUUUAAGGUAAGUGGUAGAAAGCUGUAGCAUAGCUUUGUAGCCUCUGGGUGUAUCUGAAUUUAUACAAAUCUGAAGAUUACCUUCUUGAUUGCAUAUAGAUGAUGAAUGUCUGCUAUGGUAUUUCACUCGACAGACAAAAUAACUGUACUUCUGAAAAGCAAGUUAUAUGAUUCUAUGAUAUGCUGUUUAGCUCAGUGUAUACUGUGCAAGUUACUUAAUAGGCUCAGCUGCCUGGGCAAAGUAGAUUCUGCAGCUGUAUUUCCUUGGAAGACUUGCUUGGUAGGAUGUGAUAUGGUCACCCUUGCCCUGAUGCUCUUCCCUGCCUGCAAGAUUUCCUGUAGUCGAUGUAGUGUAACUAUACUGCUCCCAUUUGCCUUCCGUACCUUUUUUUCAAAUGAAGCAUCUUUCCCUUUUGUUUCCUACCAGUGGAUUUUUAUUGACUUUGCAAAUAAUAAAAAAAAGAAUAAAAAUAGAAAAA